AUGAGCGUCAAGGGCUCCGUAGCCGCCGUGGGGCAUAUAGUUCAGGAGCAGCUGCAGAUGAAGUACGGCCUAUCCCUGGACAUGGACGAUUUCCUGCGGAAGGUGGACAGCCUUUGCCGCGCGCAGCUGAGCGGCGAGGAUUGGGAUCCCUGGCAGGUGGUGAAUUGCUUCAACAGCAUCAAGGACAUGCGGUUCCGAAGCCGCGACGCCUCCAAGAUCCUGGCCCUGCGCCUGGAACCGGAGUCCGUGGUCUUCGACCGCCUGUUACAGGAGGUGAGGCUCAUGACCGGCACCUCCUGCGCCGUGGCAGUGGUGGGCCGCCGGCCUUCCGCCGUGGCGGUCUUCCGGGAGAGCUACGGGGCCCCGGCGUUCUCCACGGCGCUGGUGGGGCGGGGCGGCGCGCACGCGGAGCCGCUGGUGGUCUUCGGGCCGCCGGAGGUUCAACAGGCGCUUCUCUUGGGCGUCUCGGUGGUGGAGGUCUUGCGCCAUGAUGCCGAGAAGGAAGCGCUGCCCGCGCUGCGUGCGGAGUACGUCAGCCUCCGCGACAAACCCGGCGCCAAACCGCCCGCGGACCUGGCGGUUUCGGCGCCCCCCAACACCCCGGAGCUGAAGUCGCCGGUGCCGGUGAAUCUGCCGCCACCGCCGACGGAGGAGCACAUCGAUCGCCAGAAGUCUGUGCGCGCGGAUUCGCGGCUGGGGCUGGCGGAGGCACUCAGGGAGCGCCGGGCAGCCGAGGCGGCGCAGCCCAGCGUGGCCAGGAAGCCCAGAAGGCGGCACGUCCUGGAGCCAGUCGGCGCGGCAGAGGACCGGGAGCGUCCGGGCGGCCGAGGCAGAGUGGCAUGGCAGAGUGGCAUGUCAGCAUAUGUCAGCAUUUUUGGCCCUCACCUUUGGCAGCCGAGUCACAUUGUGGAAGCCAUGUCGCCCCGAGCCUUGCUGUUGGCGGCCAGCUGUGCCUCUGCCUGGGCCUGCACUAACAGUGGCGAGUUCGAUCAAACAGCCUUCACUGUGUCCCUGUAUGGCGGCUCCUUUGGUGGCAUGGCGAUUGCCUUGGUCAUGGUGAUCUUGGCUUCCUUGCCGCUGUGCUGCGGGGUGUUGAAGCAGUAUGGCAAGAUCAUUGCCACCGUGGCCAUCGUGCUUGGCAUUGUCUCCCUGCUGGUUCCCGCCUUUGGCUCCAUGGGCGCUUGCGUGCCCUUUGUGGAUGCCAUUUGCCAGGAGCGCUGCAGUGGCUACGAGUGCACGCAAGAAGAGAAGGAUGGCAUGGGAAGUCUUUGCAACGCGCUGGGCAUCUUCGUCGUGUACAUUGGAGCCUUCGGCUGGGCCACCGUCAUCCUGGGCAUUGUGGCCGCCUCGCUGGGUUGCUGCGUGUGCUGUGGCUGCUGCAAAGCCAAGACGGACGAGCCGUCCGGGUCGCCGCCUGUGGUGGUGGGGGCGGUUCAGAAGGCUUGA